AUGGGCCUUGACCACUUCCUCAUUGCGGUCCUGUAUGACUCCAGGAUGGUGUUUCUCGAUCACCUAUCACAGCGAGUUGCGAACGAAAGGUGGGUUCGUGAUGAUGAGUACCCCAUAAUUGACCGGGGAGUCGUCUUCAUAGAGGCGGUUUCCAUCUACCGACGGCUCAUCGUUGGUUCUCGAUUUGUUGCAUGUCACAGGGUCGAACCAGUGGUUGUUGUAACGCCAAGGAGUGGUGAAUCGGGCAUUCUGCCGCUGUUCCUCGGAUUCUUCCACAUCAAUGUUGGGUGGGAACUAUUUGAAGAAUCCGUAGUACUCAAGCCCAUCAGGCACCUCAAUAUCAUCGCCAUUGGGGUGGUAGCAGGCUCACAUCUGUUCAAGAGACGCAAUGUCCUUGGCGCGUAUGGUGCGAGUGGUCCCACAAAGGACCAAUUCUACCUAGUCUGUUGCAUCGCACUCAUGCGCCACAACGUCAAUGGAGUUGUACUGGAAGGCGCAGCUAUCAAAAUUGAGACUAUGGCGGAGAUAGCUUCCAUCAACUGA